AUGACCAGCUUUCCUUGUGUAGGGUGGAAAAGUUUCCGCAAGAGACAAAGGAUAAUCAUGAAACUUAGGAGGUUGAGGCUCCGUGAGAGACCACCAGUUAGACUGAUAAAAGGCACUCCAGCAGGGUGCAUGGAACACAAAGGGGCCAGGUAGGAAAGCUCCUGGGAAAAGCAGUCAGACUGGACUCUGGGCUGCUUGAGUCAUGAGUGGCAAUCCAGGAUUCCUGAGAUCCCUGGGUACAUCUUGUCAUUCCAGUUGAAGGUUUAUUUCUUUCUGCUCACGGGACUCUUCAUUCUGCUCCUCUAGACUGUCUUCUCAGAUGCCAUGGUCAUGGAUGAAAAGGUCCAGGAAAGCUUUGUGCUGGACACAGUGUCUGUCCUCUGUAACUACAAUGCCCGCUCUGAAGAGCACCCCCAAUACCGAGGCCGCAGCUAUUACCAGAACUACUGCAACAUCAUUGCCUUCACACCCAGCAGUACUGACCGUGUGGCCCUGAGGGACUCAGGAAACCAGCUCGCUGUCACUGUGUUCCGCCUGCCCGAGGAGGAUGCAGGCCGGGGCUGGUGUGGCAUCUAGCGGGACUUUGCCAGAGACGUCAUGGAUUUUACAGAGCUGGCUGUGACUGACAACAGAGGAGCCCUCAGCAGUGAUUUUGGUCUGGGAAAGGUGGGCAUCUGCAGGGGUCUAGCUGGGGGUCCCCCGCUGCAGUGGGUGUUCACUGAUGUGGAAUUACUCACUGAAACCAGUGGAGCAGCAGCUCAGGCUCCCCCUGGGUUCUUUGGUGUAACCUGGUCUCUCCUACCCUCCGAAGUAGAGUUGUUGAAGGUGCUUGGAAUUAACUUGGAAUUUGGGGAAGAGGAGGCUGUCUGGGCCUUGGGAUGCUCCUGGGACCUCCCCUCCCCCACAGCGAUCUGUCUCACAGAGCUUGGGAGAGGCGCGCACAAGCGAACAGGCUCAGGAUGA